CUUCAUGCGAGACAAAAAUGUGCGCGCAGCUAACUUCACGGCAGUCAAAAACGUAAAUAAAAAAUGGUAAACAAUGGAAGUCAGUGACGAUAAAGUUUCUGUUUUGGAUGAACAGCUGUUUUCAAGCCUAAAAAGCAGUAUAACGAAGCCCAAUAAUAAUGGCCAGCAAAUGGAGGUGGAGAAUUUGGAAAUAGAGCUAAAGACUCCAGUCGAAAAUCCCGCGGAUAGUUACGCCGAUCCUCUUCAAGAAUCAACUGCGUUGCCAUUAAAUUUUUCGUGGCGCUUUAGUGAUGAAGAUAUUCUACUUAAUGAUAAUGAGCAGUUGCCUGAGACGGUCCUAUUGAAUCCAUCCAAAGGUCGCACCAAGCGCGGCCGGCCCUCAAGCAGCAACACCAGAUUCCAUUCUAGCAAUGGCCAUAUCUGGAACUCUGAACGUGAUAUGCAGACUCCUCUUCAGGAAAAAUUGUUGGUGCCCAAGCACCAGGCGUGUGGCAAAGGUCCUGCAAAAUUAGUCUCCAAUGCUGUAGAGUCCUGGAUGAUGUUGUUCGAUGAUGAGAUGCUGCGCAUGCUCUUGCGGCUGCUCAAUGAUCAGAUUCGACAGCGACGUUCGCGAAAUCCUCCAGAGCGCUUUGUAGAUCUCGUAGAGCUCCGUUCCUGGAUGGGUUUGAGCUAUUUGUGUGGCGUCUUUCGUAAUGCACAGUACAAUGGACCAUUAGAGGAGCUGUGGACGCUGGAGUUGGGAAAUGCAAUAUUUCGUGCCACAAUGUCGCUGACGCGCUUCGAGUUUAUUACAAAUUGCCUUAGCCACCUGGGGGAGAGCAGCUGGAAUGAUGCACUGCGUCUGUGGCAAAAGCUGCUGAUUAAUUGUCGCUCCUAUUACGGACCCAGUGGUUGGCUUUGUGUGGAUGAGCAGGUUCUUCCAGAUCAUUUAUUUUUGAGCUUAUGCUGCGAUGCCAAGACGCUCUUUAUGACUAAUGCAAUAAUUAAUAAAACGGAGACGAAACACAGCAAGGAUCUGAUACAGCUCAUCUGCGAUUACAAGACCACUGGUCGUAAUAUUACACUGGGGACGCGCUACGCUAGCUUCAGCCAAUGCGAGCAAUUGUUGGAGUGCAAUUUGAGCAGUCUUUGUACGCUGCCCUCCACUUCGCUAGACUAUCCAAAAGCCUGGUCUGGUGGAGCACUGUCAAACGGCGCAAUGAAGCUGACCCAACACUCAGGAGUCGCGUUGCUCGUGUGUGGCUUGAAUAGCCAACUGAACGCCUUACAAACACACCUGCACACUUCCGAAACCUGCGUAGAAUUCCAUGAGCUCGCCAAUAGAUACAGCACUUCAUUGUCUAUGCCGGCUCGAACUAAGCCCGAUGUGUUCCUGCAGCUGCUCCAUUUGAUGCUCAAUGUGUCGGCUGUCAAUUCUUGGAUAUUACUGCGGCUGGCACCUACCGGCAACAGCAAUAUAGAUCAACGCGACUUUCAACGGCAGCUGGGACUCUUUUUAACGCAGCAGCGUUUACAACGUCGCCUGCAUCGUCAAUCGACGGCAACAACACUCGCAAUGCGUUUGCAAAUUUGUGAAAUUUUGGGCCAGUCCAGCCAGAGACUGUUAAGUGAGGCCGCUAUUGAGGCCAACCAAUCGAAUGGAGUUGGUGUCAUUAGCUUGUCCCACUGCAUGUUGCCUAAAGGCGUCGCCUUGGUCAGUCGUUAUGGGGACAAGCAUCGUCGUUGCAAGCCUUGCGCUCGCAACAAGCGCGAAAUUAAAGCGAGAUCGCGUUGCCAACAGUGCCAGGCGCAUCGUUGCGGCAAUCAUCUAAUCUCACGGUGCUAUGAGUGCAUGGGCCUGACGACCGCCCAGCUACCCGAGGGCAACAUACGAGAUUCUUAAAAAUUGAACAAGAUAUUUAUUAGC